AUGGUGUCGGAAGCCGUAAGCUGCACACGCGAGGCACCGCCUGAGAGCAGGAAGCGGCGUACAAAACGCCGGCCUCAACGAAUCAAGCAAGUAGGACAGAGCGAACGCCUGCAGAAGGAGCUCCAGCAGGCGCGCCACCUGCUAGGGGAGAGCUUGAAACUGCGAUCGCAGAGCGCGCAGUGGUCUGUGUUCCGCAUUUGCACGCCAGGUAUAUGCGAAGAGGAAUCCUGCACCUUCCUGGUGCACGUUCCGCACGACUAUCCAUGUAGCGCGCUUAGGGUGGAGCCGGAGGGCCGUGGUAGCGGUGCGCAGUCACGUGUGGCGGCCCAUUUCAACUGGCGCUGCAAGCAGCAGUGCACGCGCGACGCCCCGUUGGCGGCGCAACUGAACUACCUGAUCUCGGAACGGCAGCUGCUCGCGACGCCCGAUUACGUUGCGCGCGAACGGCUCCGUAAGUCGUUCUACGCGCUUUUUGCAGCCCCGACUAGCGGCUGCGGCGGGGUCGACGGAGAGCGCUAG